GUAGUGGUCUCGGGGCAGCAGGCAGCUCUCCCUCCUGCUCGCGUCAGUUGACCAGGAGACGUGGGUGUGUGCGUGCUGCAGAUGUAACUUGAAGAAGCUGGAGUAAAACUAGUCUCAUCCAGACUCAGCGGACACCCACAGACCCCAGGUCUGACCUGAACUGACUGAACAUGAACACCAUGAAGAUGUUGGCGCUGCCUCUUCUCAUCACUUUGUUGCACUGUCCUGUGUGUCUGUCAGUGACAGUCAGCAGCAGUAAACCCAAAGUGGAGGUCCACGAACACACCGAUGCUGUGCUCUCCUGCGAGUUCAGGACGGAGAAAGAUCAGAACCCUAGGAUCGAGUGGAAGAAGAAGGGAAAGGCAGUCACGUUUGUGUACUUCAACAACAAAUUUACAAAACCAUAUGCAGAACGGGCAAAGAUCGAGGGAGCCACGCUGACGAUACACUCCGUUACACAGAAAGACUCGGGGGAAUACCGCUGUGAGGUGACAGCCAGCGAGGACCACGUCAACCUCGGAGAGGCGUCCGUGACCCUCAGUGUGCUUGUGCCUCCUCACGUCCCGUCCUGCGAGGUGCCGAGCUCUGUGUUCGUGGGCUCGGGCCUGGAGCUCCACUGUAAGGACAAACUCAGCGUGCCUCCUGCCAUCUACCGCUGGUACAAAGACAACAGGGCUCUGACGGCCACAGCAGACACCCCGUACAGCGUCGACGCCAACAAGGGCACGCUGAAGUUUAAGAGCGUGUCCAAAACGGACACAGGGAUGUACCGCUGCGAGUCCUCCAACAGCAUCGGGGCCCCCAAGAGCUGCGUAGCCCAACAACUGAAAGUUAUUGACUAUCCGUUGAAUAUGACGGUUUUGAUAGCAGGAGCGGCUGCUUUUCUGACGCUCGUCAUCUUCUGCUGCAUCUGCGUGUGUUGCUGCCGACGCCGAGGCUGCUGCAAGGCCGACAAGAAAACCAAAAGCGGCAAGUCCUUCAACCCCCCACCUCCGCCUCCUCCCAUCCGCAACUUCAAGCACUACAAACAAACCCACUCCUUCAUGAUCUGAGGAAAGCUCUCUCUCACUUUGACCUCAAGCCAUCAGAAAUCUAAAGUGUGCACGUAUCGAGCAGCGUGCUGGGAAGUUACUCUGCCAUCGCCUUGUUUUAGGAUGGCUGCUCCCUGCUGUCUGGGAUGGACACACACACACACACACACAGAUGUGAAGAUAUCAAGCAUCACGGAGAAUUUAACCAGAUUUUGAAAAAAUCUUGACGCCUCCUAAACACGGGCAUCUGUGCACUGACAGUUUAGACUAUCUUUCCUGCUUUUAUAUUUUCAUAUUUUAGACUUCAGUAGUGUAAAUUCAGGGUUAAACUCUCCUCUUUCAUAUGCUAUACCAUAUUUUGUUGUCAUAUUUCUCUUUUGUGUGUCCAGACACCUUUAAAAUUGUAUUUUUUCUACUCUUCUCAGACUUAAAGGGUCACGAGGUCAACGGUCAACCUAUGUUUUAGCUCUCUUGCGCCAUCUAUAGGCAAUUAAAUGUCAUUCACCCACACUGACAGAAGCAAGUACUGUAUAGAUUGUAUUCUUUGUAUUGCCUUUCAUUUUAUAUUUAGAUGUUGUUUUAUAUGAUGCUAUUUUUUCUCCUCUUUGUCAAUUUUAUAUAUUUUAUAAAAAAAAACGUGUGUUGAUAUCAUAAUUCUUCAAUCUUCUGGUUGUAUAAAUUCAAAUUAUGUGAACUGAGCGACAUGUGAACAGGUGUCUGCAUGCACUGAAUGGUGGAGCCUUUGUUAAAUAUUUGAUAAAUAUAUCUUUUGAUCAAUAAAGAACGCUGAAAAAAAGAAAUGAGUA